AUGAGUAAUUAUAAAUAAAUAAAUUAUUUAUAGUGGGUUGGAUAAUAUGUAUAACAAAAUAAAAAAGCUUAGAAUAUAGAUAAGUAUUUAUAAAGAGAAAACCCUUACUGGACUUAUGUAGAUAGUACGCUGAGGAGUGUUUAUAAUGGGUAAAAAAAAUGGGUUUAAGUAUCAAAUAAUAAAAUAUAAGUAAAUGUUUUGUUAAUUUUUCUGGAAAUUAUGUUAAUGGAAAACGUAAGUCAUUUGAAAUUAUAGAUUAAAUAUUUCAAAUCAUGAGCAAAUUAUGUAUUUUUGAAAACUAUAAUAAAGUGAUGGAGUCAUUUUUUAAGAUAAUGGAUUAAAAGUAGGAUUAUGGACAAAAUUAGAUGAAAAUUUCUCUUUGCAAUAUUCAAUUAUAAUAGCAUUAAGAAAAUUAUAUAAAUGGAAAGAAAUAUAAAAGUUGA